AUGGGUCAAUUCGACUGGUUCUCCAAGAUCGGCGCUACGCCGCAGGCCGUUGCCGUGUUGAACGACCAGCCGUACCUGUUCACCAUCUUGCUCGUCGUCCUCGUCUCUCUGAUCCUCGAAAGCGUGCUCAUCUGGUACAUACACUACGCGACUAUGAAGCCAGAGCAAAAGAAGAAGAAGGAAGAGAAGAAGCCGCCUGCGAAGAAAUAG